AUGGUUCAAUCAUCGGUUCUCGGUUUCCCUCGCAUGGGAGCAAACCGUGAGCUCAAAAAAGCCACGGAAGCAUACUGGGCAGAUAAAAUCUCCCAAGAGGAUCUCUUGAAGGAGGGAAAGAGACUGAGACUGGAACACUGGAACAUUCAAAAAGAUGCCGGCAUCGAUAUCAUCCCUAGCAACGACUUUGCAUACUACGACCAUGUCUUGGAUCACAUCCAGCUCUUUGGUGUUGUCCCAGAGCGAUACACUAAGAACAACCUCUCACCUAUUGAUCAAUACUUUGCUAUGGGUCGAGGUCUGCAGAAGCCAGAGCAAGGUGUCGAUGUCCCUUCUCUCGAGAUGGUGAAGUGGUUCGACUCCAAUUACCACUACGUCAAGCCAACCCUGCAAGACAACCAAGUCUUUAAGCUCGCCGAGAACCCAAAGCCUGUACAAGACUUUAAGGAAGCAAAAGAGGCGGGUAUCACAACAAGACCAGUACUACUUGGACCUGUAUCUUUCCUUGCACUUGGCAAGGCAGACCGUGGCCAGACUAUUGAGCCCAUCUCUGCCUUGGAGAAACUCCUCCCUCUGUACGAGGAUUUGCUUAAGCAGUUGAAAGCUGCCGGUGCUGAGACCGUGCAGAUUGAUGAGCCAGUGCUCGUCUUUGACCUUCAGGACAAGGUAAAGAAUGCCUUCAAGCCUGCUUACGAGAAGCUUGGCUCUCUAGGCGAUGCCGCACCCAAACUUGUCGUUGCCACGUACUUCGGUGAUAUUGUUCACAACAUUGAUGUCUUGAAGAACCUUGAGAACCUCUAUGCUAUUCACGUCGAUCUGGUGCGUAACCCGGAGCAAAUCAGCGAAGUUAUUGGAGCACUUGGCCCACAACAAGUUCUCUCUGCUGGUGUCGUAGAUGGUCGAAACAUCUGGAAGACAAACUUCAAGAAGGCUAUUGAGCUCGUGGAGACCGCAGUUCAGAAGCUGGGCAAGGAUCGAGUCAUCGUCUCUAGCUCCAGCUCCCUUCUGCACACUCCACACUCUUUGGACUCAGAGAAGAAGCUAGACGCUGAGGUCGUUAACUGGUUCAGCUUCGCUGUGCAGAAGGCCACCGAAAUCGCUAUCAUUGCGAAAGCUGUCAAUGAGGGUCCAGCAGCUGUCCGAGAGCAGCUCGAGGCCAAUGCUCAAUCUAUGCAAGCUCGUGCUUCCAGCAAGCAAACCAACGACCAGGCUGUGAAGGAAAGACAACAACAAGUCACUUCUGAGAUGCACAACAGAAAAUCUCCAUUCCCAACUCGUCUCGCUGAACAAGGAAAGACAUUGAAACUUCCAUUGUUCCCAACAACCACCAUCGGUUCGUUCCCACAAACCAAGGACAUCCGAAUCCAGCGUAACAAGUUCACCAAGGGUGAAAUUACUGCUGAGGAAUACGAGAAGUUCAUCGAGAAGGAGAUUCAGGAUGUCGUCAAGAUCCAGGAGGAGCUUGAUCUAGAUGUCCUCGUCCACGGUGAGCCAGAACGAAACGACAUGGUGCAGUACUUCGGUGAACGCCUGAAGGGAUACUCUUUCACACAGAACGGAUGGGUCCAGUCAUAUGGCUCUCGUUGUGUUCGACCACCCAUCGUUGUUGGUGACAUUUCUCGACCUGCUGCCAUGACUGUCAAGGAGUCCAAGUAUGCUGCGUCUAUCACCAAGAAGCCAAUGAAGGGUAUGCUCACAGGUCCAAUCACAUGCUUGAGAUGGUCCUUCCCUCGAGAUGACGUUCACCAGUCCGUUCAGGCUCAGCAACUGGCUCUCGCCCUGCGAGACGAGGUCGUUGACCUUGAGUCUGCUGGCGUUUACGUCAUCCAGGUUGACGAGCCUGCCCUGAGAGAGGGUCUCCCACUGCGAUCUGGCAAGGAGCGAACAGACUACCUCAAGUGGGCUGUCGACUCUUUCCGCCUCGCCACUUCUGGUGUGCAAGACGGCACUCAGAUUCACUCUCACUUCUGCUACUCUGAGUUCCAGGACUUCUUCUACGCCAUUGCUGCUCUCGAUGCCGAUGUCCUGUCCAUUGAGAACAGCAAGUCCGAUGCUAAGCUCCUGAAGGUUUUCGAAGACGAGGCCUAUCCCCGACACAUCGGUCCUGGCGUUUACGACAUCCACUCUCCCCGUGUGCCUUCCGAGCAGGAAAUCAAAGACCGCAUCAAGGAGAUGCUGCAGUAUCUCAAGCCCGAACAGCUGUGGAUCGAUCCUGACUGUGGUUUGAAGACUCGACAGUGGAAGGAGACCAAGGCGGCACUGACCAACAUGGUCAAUGCAGCCAAGUUUUACAGAUCGCAGUACUCCUGA